AUGGAGUUCCUGGGCGGAGGAGAUCUUGAAAAAUUCAUAAGAGAUUCAGCUCCACUUGAUGAAGUAACCUUAAGAUGUGUUACUGCCGAAAUUCUCUGUGGACUGCAGCACCUUCAUUCUCUUCAGAUUGUCCACAGAGAUCUAAAACCAGAGAACAUUCUUCUGGAUAACGCCGGGCACGUCAAGAUUGCCGAUUUCGGCCUGUCGGCAAUGUUCGUCACGGAGAAAAACAGAGUCAAAAGUUGCGUGGGGACGCUAUGUUACAUGGCCCCUGAAGUCUAUUAUCAAAGGCCAUACUAUUACCCGGCUGACUAUUUCUCAUUUGGGAUAAUAGUAUAUGAGAUGGCCUUAGGCGAGCAUCCUUUUUAUACUGGACAGGAGACUGAAGAGCAGUUGGUUACUUCCAUGUACGCCACGGAACCCUAUUUCCUACGGCACUUGAACUUUUAUCUGCAAGAUCUCUUACUCAGACUUUUACGUCAUGACCAAGAGCAACGUGCGCACCUGGUGUGCAAUCUCAGAUCACACCCUUUCUUCAAGGGUAUUGACUGGGAAGAGAUAGAAGAAGGACCAUCACUCGUACAAAGUACAUUGGAACCUAUUCUCAAGGAACCACUGCAGGAAAUCAUUGAAGUGGAUACUUUUCUGUCCAAAGACCUGGAGAUGCCAAUUGACUCAUUGCAUCAGGAGUAUUUUAAGGCCUUUGAAUACAUUAGUGAGAGAAUGAAGGCGAGACAAGCCUGA